AGUCAAUUCACGCAAUCAUGUCCGCCGUCAAGAAGCGCAAGGUCGCUCGCGAGGCUCCGGCACCUGCGCCCGACCGCGAGGUCGAAGCCUCCUCCCCAGAGCCGGCUCAGGAAACCCAACGCCCAAAGACCUUCAGGGAACUCGGAAUUAUCGACCAGCUAUGCGAAGCCUGCGAUACUAUGGGGUUCAAGAAUCCCACGCCGAUUCAGGCGGAGGCCAUCCCAAUCGCAUUGCAGGGGAGAGAUGUGAUCGGUCUCGCUGAGACCGGUAGUGGAAAGACGGCAGCCUUUGCUCUUCCCAUCCUACAAGCCCUGAUGGAGAAGCCCCAACCCCUGUUCGGCCUCAUUCUGGCCCCGACCCGUGAACUCGCCUACCAGAUCUCUCAGUCCUUCGAGGCCCUAGGCUCAACCAUCAACGCCCGCUGCGCGGUAAUCGUCGGAGGCAUGGACAUGACCUCGCAACAGAUCGCCCUAGGCAAGAAACCUCACAUAAUCGUGGCCACCCCCGGUCGACUCCUCGACCAUCUCGAAAACACCAAGGGCUUCAGCUGCUCACGACUCCAAUACCUCGUCAUGGACGAAGCCGACCGACUCCUCGACAUGGACUUCGGCCCUCUCCUGGACAAAAUCCUCAAAGUGCUUCCCCGCGAGCGCCGCACCUUCCUCUUCUCCGCGACCAUGAGCUCAAAGGUUGAAUCGCUACAACGCGCCUCCCUCUCCAACCCCAUCCGCGUCGCCGUCUCCACAAGCAAAUACCAAACGGUCUCAACCCUCCAGCAAUCCUACCUCUUCAUCCCCCAAAAGCACAAGGACCUGUACCUGGUCUACCUGUUGAACGAAUUUUCCGGAAAAUCGGCAAUCAUUUUUUCGCGCACCGUGAAUGAGACCCAGCGCAUCGCAUUCUUGCUCCGUGCGCUCGGUUUCGGCGCCAUCCCGCUACAUGGACAGCUGUCGCAGUCCGCGCGCCUCGGCGCCCUUGGCAAGUUCCGUUCCCGUAGUCGGGAUAUCCUGGUCGCGACGGACGUGGCUUCGCGUGGUCUGGAUAUUCCGUCCGUUGAUGUUGUUUUGAAUUACGACUUGCCGAGUGACUCCCCCAGCUACGUCCACCGUGUUGGACGAACCGCUCGUGCCGGAAAGAGUGGUCUUGCCAUCAGUUUUGUGGCCCAGUAUGAUGUCGAGGUCUGGCUGCGCAUUGAAGGCGCUCUGGGCAAGAAGCUCAACGAAUACGACUGCCCCAAGGACGAGGUUAUGGUGCUUGGUGAAAAUGUUGCCGAGGCACAGCGGCAGGCGAUCAUGGAGAUGAAGAACUAUAAUGAGAAAAAGGGAACUAAAGGAAAGAAAUUCGGCAAGCGGUCUCGGGAUGAGAUGGAUCACGAGGAGGGUUAAAGAUGCGAGAGUUGAAUCUUAGCGCUACAGUUUACGAUGUUAAUACCCAAAAUGAUGAUUGUUCGCUCACGUGUACUGUGUAGAUGUUUCAUGGCUAUCCAGAUGGGUUCAUGAUCAACUAAAUGCUCAAGUGAAAUGGGAAAUG